ACCGUCACAGUGCCAUUCAGCAGCAGACAAGACAGACAGACACAUCACAGCUUUCAUACUGAACACACUGAGAAGACACAAAGAUGAAGAUGCCACAGCUUCUCAUCCUCCUGGUGACCAUUUUGGUGCACGUAGCAGCCGGUUUCCCUUUCCAGAGCCAGAGCAAACAUGCCUCCUGGGACGACGUGAACGUGGUGGCUCAUGGCCUUCUCCAGCUGGGCCAGGGUCUGAAGGAGCACGUGGACAAGACCAAAGCCCAGAUGAGAGACGUCAACGCCAAACUGAAGGCCUUCAACACCACUGUAACUGAACUGCAGGGGAAGCAGCAGGAGCAAGAAGAAGCUCUGAAGGCAGCACAGCUGACUGAGGAGGUGAGGGUGAAAGUGGAGGAGGUGAGGAGGCAGAAUGAGGACAUCCACUCCAGGAUGGACAGACUGGAGGAGAAGGUGGAUGAGGUGCAAAUUGUGGACAGCAACAACAGCGAUCACACAGGAGUCCCAUUUAUCCAGAGGCUGGUGAUGGCUCAGAACAGACGCAUCGAUCAGCUGGUGGACAAAAUCAAGCAGCAACAAGACAAACUGGAAAAGCAGAGCAUGCACCUACAAGUACUGCAGAGCAAGGUUGCACAUAAGAGAGUGAAAUCACACAGACGGAGAGAUGAAGAGACGGCCCAGAGAGGAGAGGCAGAGCGCAGCGAGAGCACAUCAGGUUUGGCCAAAGACUGUCACGAUCUGUUUGUACAAGGGCAGCGAGCCAGCGGCGUCUACACAAUCCAACCAGAGAGCUCCCAGCCCUUCAACGUCCUCUGUGAAAUGACUGCAGAAGGUGGAUGGACCGUCAUCCAGAAACGUCAUGAUGGAUCCCAGAACUUCAAUCAACUGUGGGAAACCUAUAAGAGAGGCUUCGGCAGCCUCAAUGGCGAGUUUUGGUUGGGCUUGGAGAACAUCCACUCUCUGUCCAAACAAGGCCAGUACAUCCUGCAGGUUGAGCUGGUCUCUGGUCAGGCCGGAGAGCAGCAGCAGCAGGCGGCUCAAUAUCACUUCCAACUUGACGGAGAAGAGAAGAAGUUCACUCUCCACCUGCAGGAGGAGUCUUCAUCUGGAGAUCAGGAGAAAAUAAUGACGACUGGCACCACUGGUCUUCCCUUCUCCACAGCAGACAGAGACAACGACCUUGCUGCAGACAUUAACUGUGCUGAACAGCUCUCAGGUGGUUGGUGGUUCAGUAGCUGUGGUGAGUCGAACCUUAAUGGCAAAUAUCCCAGAAGGCCAAGCACACUCAGACGACAUCAGUCCAGAAGACAGGGGAUGUUUUGGACGUCCACAAAGGGACCAAACAAGUCUGUGAAGACCACGCUGAUGAAGAUCGCACCCACCACAAUAAAACAAUAAGACACAAAGGAUCAAAGACAAUAUUAACUCAAUGCACAUUAAUGAUCCUAAUCACUCAGUGGAUCAUCACAUUUCUAUGCUAUGCUAUACAAUGACUCAUUUUGUCAUAUUGACAGUUUGAACUUUAUUCCCUUUAAAAGGGUUUUACUUUGUCUUAUUUUGUAAUACUGUGUUUUUAAAUCCUUCUAGUUUAAUAAUGUAUAGUGUGUUUGUUAUUUCCAAUGUCUUUGUACAGAUUUUUAUAUGAAGUGGAUGAAAAUAAAAGUUUUCAAA